GUCCCAACACGGAAAUAUGUAAAAGUGACAAGUGAAGAUUGUUAUUAUGUAUUCAAAGCGGUGCUUCUAGCUCAGCUUUCACCGUUUGGACUACCAGAGCGAUGUUAAAAGGCCUGUGUCGGUGCUAACUAAUUUUGUGAGAGAUGGACGCCUUCCGCGCUGGAAAUGGAGAGAGAGUUCGACCUCUGUUGUUAGUUGAAUAGCGUUUAGUCCUCGGUUUGUUCAGAGCCAUGAAACAAAGUGUUGCGGGGGUCAUGGGGGCUCUGGGACGACUGCUGCUGUCUCUCCUCCUGAUCUCCUGGGAUGGCAAGCUAUUUCAGGUUGGAGGGGUCAGAUCAGUCACUCUCCCAGAAUCCCUCCUGUUUGUCUCCACUCUGGACGGCAGUCUGCAUGCUGUCUCCAAACAGUCCGGAGACAUCAAGUGGACCCUCAGAGAAGACCCUAUUAUUCAAGUACCCGUCUACCUCACAGAGCCCGGUUUUCUCCCAGACCCCAACGAUGGCAGCUUGUAUGUCCUGGGUGGCAAACACAAGGAAGGCCUGAUGAAACUGCCUUUUACCAUACCAGAACUGGUUCAGUCAGCUCCCUGCAGGAGCUCUGAUGGUAUCCUCUACACAGGUAAAAAGCAGGAUGUUUGGUUUGUGGUGGAUCCUGAGACAGGCGAGAAGCAAACCAGUUUAACCACCUCCACCUCUGAAUCCAUUUGCCCCAACACUCCUCUGCUCUACAUUGGACGCACAGAAUACAUGAUAACCAUGUUUGACACCAAGACACAGGAGCUGCGAUGGAACGCUACGUACAAUGAUUACUCUGCUCCGCCUUACGAUGAAAAACAGGACUACAAGAUGGCCCAUCUUGUGUCGAGCGGCGAUGGUCUCGUUGUGACAGUUGACAGAGAAACAGGUGACGUCUUGUGGAGUCAGAAUUACGGGUCUCCUGUAGUGGGGGUCUAUCUGUACUCUGGUGACUCACUAAGACACGCCCCCCACCUGUCCCUCGCCAUGGAAACGCUGCGCUUCCUCACCUUUUCCUCUGCAAACGACCAGGCAGACGCACACUCGACUCUGAAGUGGAGCUAUCAGUUUGUGAAGGAGCAAGCCACGGCUCAAGCACAACUUGUACCCACUCUUUAUGUAGGAAAAUUGGACUCCCACCUCUACGCCUCCACUUCCCUUGUUCACCAUGGAGUCUCAUUAGUGCCUCGGGGACUGACCUUGGGUCGAAUUGAAGGGUCCGUUGACGGUCACCAUGAGCUGCCUCCAGUGGCUCACACCACCAUGCUGAGGGAUUUCCCGGUUGGCCUGCAGCGUUCGGGGGAGGCAGUCAUCCCCCCCCGACCCUCUGCCUCCCCCGCCUCAUACUACCAUCAGCGCUACUUCGAGGCAGUUGCUGAUAGCCAUGGCGAUACCCGUGCUAACAGAGGAGGGGUUGAUGGGAAGAUGUCGGGACAGGCCCAGAGGCCGGCCGCUGUGCUGCCCUUCUCCAUGACCCAGGACCGCCUGACUCUGGCUGUCGUCACGCUGCUGCUGGGGGGGUGGCUGGCCUUCGUCUUCACGUACCCCCUUCGUGCAGCUCAUCAGCUGAAAGCUCAGAGGCAGAUGGAGGAGGCGUUUGAGUCUCGUCUCCAGCGCAUGCAGACCAACAUGCAGACCAACAUGCAGACAAUGAGCUCCGUUUCUUCAGACACAACGCUUUCUACUGACACAAACCUCUCCAGUGACUCUCAGCCUGCUUCAGCUGACCCUCCACCGAGUCCUCACACUCACAGCAGCAGCACCUCAGAUGUCAAUUUAAAUGUCACGUCUGCGUACAACCCUACAGCAGAAGGAAACAGUGAGGAGGUGCAUGUUGGGAAAAUCUCCUUCACUCCAUCUGAGGUUCUUGGACACGGCACUGCAGGAACUUUUGUCUUCAGGGGUAAUUUUGAUGGACGGCAGGUAGCGGUGAAGCGAAUACUGCCCGAGUGUUUCGAGGUAGCAGAACGUGAGGUGCAGCUGCUCCGAGAGUCUGACACUCAUCCGAAUGUCAUCAGAUAUUUCUGCACAGAGAGAGACCGCCUCUUCACCUACAUCGCCAUCGAGCUGUGCACCGCCACCCUGCAGCAGUAUGUGGAGGAUCCGUCUGGUUUUCCUCAGCUGAAUCCGAUAACUCUGCUGGGGCAGACCAUGUGUGGCCUCUCACACCUCCACUCCCUCAACAUAGUCCACCGUGACUUGAAGCCCAGAAACAUCCUUCUGUCUGGUCCCAGUGCGCUGGGGCGGGUCAGAGCGCUCAUCUCUGACUUUGGACUCUGUAAGAAGAUCCCAGAGGGCCGGUGCAGCUUCUCUUUGAGGUCAGGAAUCCCGGGAACUGAAGGGUGGAUCGCUCCUGAAGUACUGCGGGAUACUCCGGGAAACAAACCGACGGCAGCGGUGGACGUCUUCUCGGCAGGCUGCGUGUUUUACUACGUGGUCAGCAGGGGGCAGCACCCCUUCGGUGAGAAGUUAAGACGGCAGGUGAACAUCCUGUCAGGAGAAUACUCACUCUCACAUUUCAUGGAGGAUUUACAUGACGACGUCAUAGCACAUGAUCUGAUCGAGCGGAUGAUCUGUGCCGAGGCGGGGUCCCGGCCCUCCACCGCCUGCGUCCUCAAACAUCCGUUCUUCUGGAGCCCUGAGAAGCAGCUGCUGUUUUUCCAGGACGUGAGUGACCGCAUCGAGAAGGAGCCCGCCGACAGUCCGAUCGUGGUCAGACUGGAGGCAGCAGGACGAGCCGUGGUUCGGACCAACUGGAGGAUGCACAUCUCUGUGCCUCUGCAGACAGACUUGAGGCGGUUCAGGACGUAUAAAGGAAACUCAGUCAGAGAUCUGCUGAGAGCCAUGAGGAAUAAGAAGCAUCACUACCACGAGCUGCCUCCGGAGGUGCAGGAGACGCUCGGAGAGCUGCCCGAAGGCUUCAUCAGCUACUUCACAUCACGGUUUCCACGGUUACUGAUGCACACACACGCAGCUCUGCACAUCUGCUCACAUGAGAGACUGUUUCACCCCUACUAUCUGCACCCCAACGCCAAAUAGUAAUGACAUGGCUCUGCACUCUAUACACACACACACACACACACACACACACACACACACACACACACACACACACACACACACACACACACACACACACACACACACACACCCAGAUACACUAUUGUGCGAUUUUGUGAGCAAGAGAAAUCGCUUACAGUGCCCCGUUAUUGCUUUUGUAAAGCCCUUACCGUUUUUUUGGGGGAAGAUACAGUGCUGUGAAAAAGGUUUUAUCUGGCUUGAGUUUUUUUUAUAGAUUUAUCUUGUUGUUAUGCAGCUGUUGAAGAAAGUAUUGUAGGAUUUAAUUAGAAAGCACUCAAAAUGCAUCUCUCCACAAAAGCUGCAUACAUUUUUUAUUUGAAUAAUAUACAACGUUUUUAAACUACAUCCAUCCGGAUCUUUGUUUUCAAUUAAAUGAAUAUUUCAGUAACAUUUUUAUUAAAAGUCCCAAAAAUGUUCAAAACAUGAGGGAUAUUUUAGUUUUAAUGAAGUGCCGUCUGAUUUUUUUACGAGAGGUACUAAACAUGGUUAAGGGAAUAGAGUUUUUAUAAAUAGCAGCAACAAAUAUAAUGUCCUCGGUUAUGGCCCUGGUUAGAGCAUUCAUUACAUUAAAUGACAUGACAUUACAUGUCACAUGACACUGUCAUCCAAAGUGACUUACAUACAUUCAGUUCUGUGGGCAGUCCCCACAAAAGCAAACAUUUUGCACUAUGGCCCAAAAAAAAUCCAGAAAACAAAUCAAUUACUUCUCAGUCCAUUUGACCAGAUUUGAUUGGAAUAUAUUUACAAUGUUGAGAUUUUCAUCAAGGAUUGAAAAACACACCUGUUUGACAACAUAUAUUAUUUCAGAGGCGUUUUUGUUUAUUUAUUCUUUUUCAUAUUUAAGAACGAGAUUAACUGUAAACAAAAAGGGGGGGGGGGGUUUGUGUCUCACCGACUACUAUCAGAUAUUUUUGAAAUUGGUCCAGUAUUGAGCGAAGGGGCUGCAAACGGCAGCCGCUUAACAGCACGUUGUUUAAUCAAGUACAUUUUUCAGUAGAGAUGGAAUUCAAUAGAUAAAAAUAUCAUUGGCACGUUUUUAAAACUGUUUGGAAAGGACCAUACAGAUAAAAAAACAAAUGUUUCUGCCAUUGUGUCUAACCAAGACUUGCUCAGGGAGAAAUCUUGUUCUGAUAUCUCCCGUUGCGUCCACACUGUUGAAAUCAGCCGAUGUUCAGAAAGCUUAGCUCGGUAAUAAGCCAUGACUUUGUCAAUUAUUUAGAUAACACCGAGCUAAGCUUUCUGAACAUCUGCACACUCCUCUCCUUCUGUCUUCUGGAAACAAGUCACACGGCACAUUAAUAAACAUCCCUAAACAAGCUAAAUGUAUAAAAACACUUUUAGACCUCUUCGGGGGUGAUCCCUCAUGUUGAAAGACACUUUUAAUAACAAUCUGAGUCUGCAUUUCGCAAAAAAACUCAUUUUCUGUGGACUUCAAUUGACUGCCAUCUGCAGCUCUCUCAGACUCAAUACUGUUCCAAUUUAAAAAAGUGUCUUUCCUAUUAGUCACUUAGACACAAAGAAAUGAAAAAUAUGGUCUAGGUUGAAGGAAUACCAACUUCUCCCCUUAAAUAGCACUACUUGUGAGAUGCACACAGUGUGUCACAGCAUCUCAGACACUGGACAACAGGUUUGAUGGAUAAUUCAACUUGUGCUGCUUUUACACGUUUUUUUUGUCAUGGGAUGAAUCCUGGUUUCUUCGAUGCUGCUGUGCUUUUUUCAGCUCCUCUACCAAAGACUCAACAAUAUUUACCUUGCCAUUUGUUUUCAUGUUUUUGUUAUGUGUGUCUGGAUGUAGCUACACUGACUGAAGAAUGUACUGAGCCUUGAUUUUCACUGAAAGCAGUACAUGAAGCGUAAAAGAAUAUGAUUGACACUGUAAAAAUGUGGGCAAUGUGCAAGUGUGCAAGCAACAUUGUAACAUGCUACAUUUGCCCAUUUCAUUUUUAUUUAAAGAUAUUUUAUGUUUCCCUUCCUUCAACAGAUGUGUUUCUGUUGAAUCUCAGCAUUGCUUGAACUUUUUGAUCCUAAAAAUAUGCACCUAAAUGCUCGAGAAUAUAUGUGAAAUAUCUUUCAGUAAAGAUGAAGGUUUUUUGCAUAGGGAGGCGUGUGGCGCAGUGAGUUGUGCAUAUGUGUUGGGAUCAGGGGGUUACAGGUUCAAACCCCACUGCAGUCAGCAUGUCGUUGUGUCCCUGGGCAAGACACUUCACCCCAAAUUGUUCCUGUGGGGAUUGUCCACAGUAUUGAGUAUGUUAGUCGCUUUGGAUAAAAGCGUCUAACAAGUAACAUGUCAUGCAUUGGUCUGCAGUAGAAUGAAUGAUGAAGAAUCACACUUUUGUACUUUUCUGAGUGAAUUAAACUGAUGCUUUGGGAGUGCCAAAGAUGAGUAAAUCAAA